AGGCGGCACUUAACGGUACCAAUGAGGCGUUCAGGGCUCUGCCAUACAUGGUUAUCGGAUGAAAAGGAACAGCAGAAAGUUUACAUGAAACAAUCAGAAUGAAUGGGACAGCUUAUUCCAACUUUGACAAUCAAGAACAUGUCCUGAAAUUGGGAGAGACGUUUGAGAAACGCCCUAAAAGUGCCUACCAUACAGUGCGAUAUGACUUCAAACCAGCCUCCAUUGAUACAACGUGUGAAGGGGAGCUUGAAGUGGGCAAAGGAGAGCAAGUCACUAUUACUUUACCCAAUUUAGAGGGCUCAAGCGCUCCAGUAACAGUCUUCAAGGGAUCCAAGAGGCCGUACAUGAAAGAGUGCAUCCUCAUUGUGAACCAUGACACAGGAGAGUACAGACUGGAAAAACUCAACAGCAAUAUAGCUGUGAAGAAGACCAGGGCUGAAGGCAGCAGUAAGAUCCAUUCUCGCCUGGAACAGCAGACCAGUCGCCUCAGCCAACAGAUGAGGAGUAACAACGGCAGCAGCAGUAACAAGACCUCAGCCAGCUCCAAGAGUUCCCCUCCCAAAGAGAAGACAUCCCCGGCCCCGGCAUCCCCCAUGGACGACAUCGAGAGAGAGUUGAUGGCAGAGGCGCGGGUCAUGGACCAGCUGAGCAGCGGCGACAGCUCCUCAGACUCCAACAGCUCCUCGUCCUCUAGCAGCGAUGACAGCUCCAGCAGCAGCGACUCCGAGGACGAACGGACUGCUGCGCCACCCUCCGCCCCGGCCAACCACAGCAUGCCUAUCAUCACCACCAGCACCACCACCACCAGUCGCCACCAGGAGAGUGGAGGAGGACUCAUGAACACACUCAGUGAGUAG